AUGUUGUCAAUACUACGAAAGGCGCGCUUAAAGGAUAAGGAGAUGCGUAUCCUGAUGCUGGGCUUGGAUAACGCGGGCAAAACGACCAUCGUGAAACGGAUUAUGAACGAAGAUGUCACGACGGUGAGCCCAACACUAGGCUUUAAUAUCAAGACAAUCGACUUCAUGGGAUACAAGCUCAAUAUUUGGGACGUGGGCGGGCAGAGGACAUUACGCUCCUAUUGGAAAAAUUAUUUCGAAAAGACAGAUACACUUAUCUGGGUUGUUGAUGCGACAGACCGUCUACGAGUGGAUGAUUGUCGCCAGGAACUCGCCGGUCUGCUCCUGGAAGAGCGUCUCACGGGAGCCAGUCUUUUGGUAUUUUUGAACAAGACAGAUGUGGAACAUUGCAUGUCGGAGCAAGAAGUGCGAGAGCGUCUGGGCUUGGAUUUAAUCAAAACGCACAAGUGGACUAUACUUCCGUGCAGUGCCAUGACGGGGAACAACCUCAAUGAAGGGUUGGAAUGGGUGGUACAAGAUGCGAAAGACCGACUUUUUCUUUACUAA